AUGAGAAAGUUCGCCGUGGACGGUUUCCGUCGCUGGAUACCCCGGGCACAUCCUAGUGGUGGAGGCAGAAGUCGCAAACCCCACGGUGGCCGAGACGUGGCCCCUGAGAAAGUGACUCGAUUGCUCCACCAGGCGAGGAAGCUGGCCUCGACGCUGCGCCAUGCGAAUCAAGGAUAUAUUACUCCGCUGGAGAACAUUCUGCGCAUGACCUAUGGAAGAAAGGGACCGAGGAAAUAUGAGCUUCUGGCAGACUUCCUACACCCCGUGUCCUCAGCCUCUGAAGGUGAAGUACGGCACUCAAAAGUCACGAACGCCCAAGAUAUCGCCGACGGGGGACAGCCGUUGGCAGGUGCUAUCUCUCCCACUGGCUCUGAUCCAGCCCUCGAUGAAAUACGGAGGGACGACGCAGACGAGCAAUCCACCGGGAUCAGCACAGGAGAGCACACAUUAUACCCGUCCUUACAGCCUACAGUCGCAAAAACGGGAGGCACUACCUCCGUGUCCGCCGCCCCCGCUGCCGCUCCUGUUCCUCCCGAGAAGCGAGAUCCGCCUCGAGAAAAAUGGAAACUCGAGCUUCCCCCACGCCUCCUCGCCCUGGUCACGUCUCAAGCCAGCGAACAAGUCUACUUCACGCGCGUUGGGGCGCAUCUCAAAGCCAAGGCAAGAUUCAACCCACCCAAGACAACCAUAUGGGGGCAACCGCUCCCCCAAUCGCGGUACAAAAAUCUGCGUGUAAAAUGGUACAACCACAACAUCAAGGCCGCGAUGCCUCCGCUGCCGGAAGAUGAGUACCGAGAGCUUCAUGAUCUUGUGAGCGGGCGGCGGGAGAUGGAACCGUUUAUCCCGCGCCGGACUCCGGCACAAAUCUCGCCCGAGGACAUGGCGCAAAGUGCACUCGACAGUUCAUCCCGCCUGAUAUUGGAAGGUCCACGGCCGGGCCCCCGCCUCACGGAUUGGCGCCACGGUCGUCCUCAUGAGAUCACGCCUCGACUUCUCCGGAGGUUACUCUCCCGCGUGAUAUUGAAACAGACCCCCUUUGUGAAGAUUACGACUCCCGGUACCAAGGCAGCUGCGAACUCUGGAUUAGUCUUUUACUGGGACGACGGUAUGUCGCGGCUUGAGAUGGAGAAAAGUGAGCAGAAGAUGUCGGAAUCCUUGAAAGAGAGGCAAGCGAGGCUUUUGUUUGGUUCCUGA